AUUGCCGACUGAGCGACAGUCGCAGUUUAUCCGCCGACCAAGUCGAAUCAGUGAAUCCGCCAAAUCAUAUAUAUACUUAUAUAUAUGUGGUGCUGAGUGCGUGCGGGUAAACUAAUUGACGACAAUUAAACCGCCCAUCCACUAGCCGCCAAAACUAAUAUAAAAUUGUGAAAAUAUUUUCAACAGGUUGAAAGCAUUUAAAAUACAACAAUAUUCGAAAUAAUUGCAACAAAGCAACAACGAUUUGUUUAUUAAACGAAAAGCACACAAACGAGCAAAAUACCCAACGAAGGAGAAUAAAUGGAUAUAAAAAUAAAUGAAUAGAAAAUCGCAGAGGCAGAGGGAAAAUCAUUAAGAGAAAGAGCGAAACAUGUUCAAUUUGCUGCGAAGAUCGCGUCGUGGAAAAGCGCGCAAGAUCGUCGAGGAGGAAGAUGGAGAUAGACCCUUGAGAUACAGUCAAAUUGGGCAGAUAUCUACCGCUCAAAGAGCGGCAGAGCCGCCGGAAAGAGCACGACGGGCGGUGAUCGAAGAGCUGGAGGACUUUGCCAGCGACUUUGACAACGGCAACGACAGCAGCGGCGACGAAGAGCGUUUAAAAUUAGCAAAAACAGCUGCUAAUGGCCGCUCCGACAAUUUGUAUAUAAAUAAAAUGGGUGGAGAUGGGAGGACGUGGACGUUUUCCUCGGCCGCUGAUCGAAAUGCGGCUCCCAGCAGUCAAAACGAGGCAGCCAGCGCGAUCGCGAGCAGAAGCAUUGGUGGUCAGCUAAUUGGCACUAUUGAGCCCGAUAUCGAUGGCCCCAUAACCAUAACACAUCGCCAUCGAAAUCGCAACGAAGGUGAAACGCAGAAGCGGCAAUCCCUGCUCUCCAUUGGCAGUUUCAAGUUGAGCAAUCCGAAAGAUACUUCCGAAACAGAGCCGAAGAAGCGAAAAACUCUGCAAAAGAGUCGCGAUUUUCUUAGCGACAUUUUCAUGGCGCGUGGUCGAAACCAUCAGCGCCAAAAGCAGCAGCAGCAACAGCAGCAACAGCAGCAGCAGAAGCAGCAAAUUGCCGCAACAGCAGCAGCCAAAUCGAAUAAAAGUAAUGCCAAAGACGUAAUCGCCACCGCAACACACCUUGAAACGAACUCCGACCCCGCGCUCGCAUCCCCGACUACUUAUCAAAUGACUUUGGCUAAUAAUAGCCCAGAGAAUAGCGGCCAACGAAGAGCGAUCGAAGAGAAAAGUAAGCCAGCUGGAGUGCUGGUGCGGGAAGAGCAACGCUCACAGAGUUUUCAUUUUCCCGCAGAGAACGAGAGUUUUCCUCGCCAGAUCGAGCCGGAAAAAGAGCCGCGAGCAGCCAGCAUGCGUUCGUCUUUCAUUCAAGCGGCAAACGUUGAGCGGCCAACAGCAAUUGCCGAACAGCAGCAGCAGCAACAGCACGGCAAUGCAAUUGCUGUUCCGCAGCAACAUCUGGCCACCAAGCAGCAACAUCAGCAGCAGCAACAUCAGGAGCAGCAGCAACAUCAGGAGCAGCAGCAACAAGAUCAGGAACAGCAACAAGAUCAGCAAUUAAGUGACAUAACCAUGGGCCAAACUAGUGCCAAACCAAACGAAAUCAGUUCGGCGCACAGUUCGCGUGCCAGUACGCCGCGUGAUUUCCGUGAGUCGGUCGUGAUUCCGCCGCAGGCGCCGCCGCGUCACCAAAAGUCACCGGAAGUGCCCAGAAUCACGGUGGAGGAUUGCAGUUUUCCGGAUGAGGAGCAGCCCGCCAAAACGCCGGAAAUCUUCUACGAACUAAAUGAGGCAGCUGAAGAUUCGCUGAACAUCGAGGAACUCAACGAGGCGCAUAUCGAAACCCUAGAAGAUGAGGUCUUUGCCUCGGAUAUACCAGCUACUAUCUAUCAAAACUCGAAUGGUCGUCCCUGGACGCGGCUGACUCAUGUGAAGCUGGAGAAUGUGCAGGAGGAAGCCGAGGAGGAGGUGGAGGAACAGGAAAUGGACGACAUAGACGAGGCUGUGGAUCUGGACUAUGAGCCGCACAUGUCCAGCAGUCAGACGAUGAAUGGCAACUCCAGGCAAUCGGCGAGCAGCGAACGCAGUGCCCUGAAAAGUGACUCCAAUUUGAGCAGCAGUUAUGCCGAUUCCGGGAUCGGGGAGCAGGAACUGAAUGCACCACAGACGCAGCAGCAUCAGCAGCAACCACCGCAACCACCGCCACGCAGCUCCUCGCACAUGGCAACCAACCAAAAUGUGAACCACACCUUUAUACGCGAUGGCAACUCCACGGAUUGCGAGGAGACCUUUCUGCAGUGCGACGAACUCGACGACAUUGAGCGUUUCAGCGAGUUCAGCGAGCGAUUGGUAUGCAUCGAGAGCAUCAGUCUGCCGGAUGUGGUUGUCGAGUCAACGACCGCCAAUGCAUCCACAUCAGGAACAUCAGCAGCAGCAACAGCAGCGGCACCAUCAUCAUCAUCCACAACCACAAAUGGCGGCGAUGCGCAGAUCAACAUCAAUAUUGCCAAUGGAGCGGGGGGCAAUAGCCUGGGCAAUGUGCACUUCAUACCCAUCCACGUCGAGGGUCGCAGUCGCAGCAACAGUCCCAAGCAACGCAGCCGGGACGACAGUUGUCUUGGCCAGGACAUGACGCCCAGCAUCGAGAUCGUCGAGGAUGGCAGUGUGCUCAACAAGCCAGUGCGCCAGGAGAGCCCCUUCGAUAACCAGGAACUCAGGAAGGAGCUGAAGCAGCAGAAGGCUCGAUUUGCCAGCCAACUGGAUGAGGCCCACAAAAAUGCCAGCCAACUGGAGGCCAAGGUUGGCGAUAUGCAGUUCAAGAUCCAGAAACUGGAGCAGGAACUGUCGGUCAAGCAAUGGAAUGUGGAGAGACUGCAGAGCGAACUGAGUGCAGCUCACAAGGACGAUGAAUAUGUGCGAAAAAAACUGAAACUUCUGGAAGAUGAAAAGGUCAUCCUACGGCACAAAUACAGCGAAAAUCAAGAUGAAUUCCAAAACAAAUAUGACGAACUCGAAGCUCAGUACAACGAACUAACCGAGAAGUACAAAGUGACGCAGGGCUUGGCCAAAAGUUUGCAAACCCAAUUGGCCUGUGCCCAAGUCGAGGCUGAGGAAUGGCGCCAGCAGGUGGAGAGGAUCCGGGCGGAUCUGGAGGAGCAGAUACGCAUUCUGAAGAACGCACUGGACAACUCGGAGGCGGAACGCAAGAUCUGUGAGGACAAAUGGCAGAAGGAGUUCGAAAUGCUCAGGACACACAAUCGAGAGCGCGAGGAAACUUUGAUGACCGACUGCGAGUGGCAACUGCGGCAGAUGCAGCGGCAGUGCAAGGACAAGACGGACAAGUCCAACUACGAGCGGAAGCAGGCGUCCGCCAAGGCGGAGGAGCUGGAACUGGAGCUGCAGUCCCGCCGGAGGGAGUCCGAGAUGCUGCGCACCUGCCAGGCGCAGGUGAACUCGCUGAGGGGCGUGGUCAGCGAACAGGAGCAGUCCAUCCAGACGCUAAUGGAUCGCAUCGAGAACCUGAAGGGCGAUCUGCAGUCGGCCAACGAAAACCUCGAGACCCAGAUCGAGGCGGUGCACAAGAUCAAGUAUCAGUGUGAUAAUGCCAUCUAUGAUAAGGAGCGCCAAAUGAUCUACAAAAUCGAUGAGGUGCGAAAUGAGGCAGCCGCCUUCUGGGAAAACAAACUUUACACAGAGAUGACAAGACUGACUAAUGAACUGGAGUCCGUGUAUGUGGACGAGCGCCGCGAGGCGUUGGACAAACUGCAGAACGAGCACAUCGAGGAGCUGAGGGCACUGACCAACAGAUACACGGCCAACGAGGAGGAACUGCGAGCUGAGAUUGACGAUCUGCACGAGAACCUGGAACAGAAGAAACAGGAUUUCCUCAGCCUGCGCGAACGUUCGGAUAACGCCCUGCUCCAGACCCGGAUGCAUUUGGAUAAGGCCGAUCGCGAGUACCAGAAUGCCAUGUGCCGCGAGGAGGAUCGCCGUGUGGAGCUGGAGGAACGACUGCAGAAGGAGUUCGAGGCGGAGAAGGCCGAGAUGGAGGAGAAGUUCCGCGAACGACUAGGCCAAGUGAAGGAGGAGUUCGCCAAGGAACUGCAGCUCUCCACGCAGGAAAUGGUCGAAUCACAUCGAAAGGAGCUGGACUCUCAAAAGGCCAAGUUGCAGGCGGAGAAGGAGGAGGCGUUGCAGGAACUUGUGGAGCGACAUCGCGCGAAAAUGGCCGCUGCCGAUGAACGAAUCAACAUGGAUCAGCGUUUAGGUCGAUCGACAGCCUCUCCAGCCCUGUGGGCGUUCGCAAUGGGGGCGUGGCCGUAUAUGCCCACUCUAUAUGUGCUAUAUCUGACCAUGUCGCCGCUGAUCGCCAUUGCAUGCUUGGUGUUCAAUAUUGUCGCAGUGAUCUAUAUCAAAUACCGCCACCUCCUAGCCGAUGUAGAACUUCGGCACCAGCGCAAUCUCAAGGACCUGAAGGCGGCCUACGAUGCCGAGAAGGCGGCGCUGGACAAGCGCGACAUCAGCAACGCCAACGAGAUCGAGCAGCUGCAUCGAAAGUGCCGCUGCCUGACCAACCUAUUUGAGGAGAUGCGCAUGCGAUACGAAAGACGAGAUCCUCGAGCCGAGGAUCUGCGUGAGAUAUCCGAAUUGAGGACACGAUGCGAAAGUCAGGAGCGGGAUUUGUACGUGCUGACCGAUCGCCUGCGGGAAAUGCAGAUUCAAAUGUCCGAGAUGCAACAAAAUGGUGACCGCAAGGGCGGUGGGAAGACGGUGAAGAAGCCGCCGCCCAAAUCGAUAGCCACCAGCUGUGACGUCAUAUACGAGGAGAACGAGGAGCGUGAAUCGCCCGAGAAGGUAAAUGGUGAGAACUCCUCCCAGGGAGACGAGGACGAGGACGUGGAGGAGGAAGUCGAGCAGGAGCCCAGCGACACGGAGUCCAAUCACACGAUCGAGGUCAAUGGAAAGUCGGAUCGGAUCAACGAGGAUGACGCCCAUCUCAUCACCGCCGUGUGAUAUCGGUCAAAACUUCUAUAUACAUACGUAGAUCUUCCAAUUUUGUGGCUGUAUUCUUCGAGAUCCCCAGGAGUGGCUGUUCCAGGACCAAGGAUGUGUGAUCCCGGGUGCUUUGGUGCUUCAUGUGCUGCCCUCUGUAUCGCUGGAUACGGAAAUCGACCCACUCAACCAAAUCGCUCAAAGCUUGAACUCAUAAAAAUUGUAAAUGAAAUUUCUGAAUUGGUUUCUGAAACCGCCAAAAAAAGAAACGAAAUAAAUGUAAAUAUUUUUAAUAUUAUUAA